AAAAUAAUACUGUAGUGGGCAAGUUAUCGUAUUCACGGUUGAACGUUUUAAGUGCGGUUUUUAUACGAAUAUUAUUGAAUACGCAUGAAUAAAAUGUAUGUUCUAUUUUAUUUUUUAAAUUAUAAACGAACUAAAAUCUAAAUAAUAGGUAUCUACUUAUUCAGCUAGUGAAAUAUUUUAAAAUAACAUUUUUUUAUUUAAUUUUUAAUCUCAAGAAGAAUUGGAUCACGAUCAUGCAAUUUUUGAACUUGGACAAUUAUCGAUUUAUUUUAAUCUCAUUAUCAACUAUCAUAAUAUUGUUUAACACGUGUGAUUAUGCCACUUGUCUAGAUGCUUCAACAAAAAUUAAAGAAUUCGGAUAUCCAUUGGAGACGCAUGAAGUGUGGACCGAAGAUAGAGCUCAUUUGGGCUUAGAACGAAUACCGCAUAAUGGAAGCACAGUUAUCGGAAAACCCGUUCUAUUAAUGCACGGACUUUUUUCAGAUUCAUAUAUAUUCACAGCUAACAACUCGUCACUCAGUUUUGUAUUAUCAGAUGCAGGUUUUGACGUUUGGUUAUACAAUACCAGAGGUGUAGGUCUUUCCAGAACACUAAGUAUUUACAAGAGACCUGGAUCACUACCAAACAUGAAUAGAAUAUCAUGGAAUUUUAGUUUUCAUGAAAUGGGCGUAUACGAUUUGACUGCAGUUAUAGAUUUUAUUUUGAAAAAAACAGAACAUUCAAAAUUGAACGUUGUGGGUUAUUCUUUAGGAGCAACUAUAGCAUUUGUUUGCUUGUCCGAUAAGCCAGAAUACAACGCUAAGGUCAACAAACUUGUACUCAUAGCACCGGCAACUAAUUUUAAAACAUCUCCUGUCACUACUUUUGUUAAACAAUUUCCAAAAAUUGUAUCGAUAAUGCUAGAUGUAUUCGACUUCAUCCCAUACACCAUGGAUCCAGACAGUACGUAUAGUCAAUUAAGAAACAUGUGUGCAAAGGAAAGUGUAUUAAAGAGUUGUAAGAAGCUUAUCGAUUUUUUGGAAGGAGUCGAUUUACCAAUAGACAAUAAUACAGUUUUAGACAUGGCUUCUGUAUUUCCACAACCAGUGUCAUCUAAAUUGAUGAAACAUUAUUUUCAAAUAGUACUGAAAGGCAAACUCAGCCAUUAUGAUUAUGGGACUUCUGGAAAUUUGCUACUUUACAAUAAAAUAAUUCCACCGGAUUACGAUUUAUCCAAAGUUACAGCACCAACAUUUAUCAUACAUUCAAACAAUGAUUAUCUUACUACGCCAACGGACGUAAAAUGGCUUAUUCAUUUAUUACCAAAUAUUAAGGAAGUACAUUAUAUUGAUCAAGUACAAUGGGGUCAUCUAAGCUUUAUAUUAAGUCCAAAUAGAAGAGAAAUCAUUAACUUGUAUAUAGCAAAUAAAUUAUUAGAUGAAAGUUUAUGAACCUACGGAAUGUGUUUUAUUAUACCUAACAAUGUAAUAUAUUUAGUAUAUAAGAAACAAUAAUAUAAGAAACCUACAAUACUGUGAUAUACAUUGUGAAUAUAGGGUUCUAUUUAGAUUAUAUAAUUGAAUAAAUUAAUACAGCACGAUUA